UAUACUAGAACUAUUCAUUAAUCUUCACCAACGCUGGAUUAAGCUGUUCCGUUUCACGAUCAGACAGCAAGGAAUUAUCAAACGGAUGUAGUAGCUACUUUCAUCGGAUGACCUUUGGAAAACACUAAAUCAGAAUAAAUUUUAUCUAAACGAUAUGAUUUUAUACUGUAAGACGGAUUGAUUGCAAGAAAAAUAAUGGAGUCUGAGGAAAAUGACGGAUCAAUUCGUACUCCUUUAACUGUGGAAUGUGUAUUGAACGGCGAAAUUGACUAUGAUCUCCUUAGUCCAAAAGACAGACCCAAACCAUGUAUGCCCUGGUUUGGUUUAGAUAUUGGUGGUACACUAACAAAGCUUAUUUACUUUGAGCCAAAAGAUUUUACAGAACUAGAAGAAGAACAGGAAAAAGAGACAGCUAAAAUCAUUAGAAAGUAUUUAGUUGGAAACACUGCUUAUGGAACCUCAGGGAUACGAGAUGUUCAUUUAGAAAUGAAGGACCAAUUGAUAGGAGGUCGGAGAGGAAGUCUGCAUUUUAUACGAUUUCCUACCAGUAACAUGGAGGGGUUCAUAGAGUUGUGCAAAGCUAAACAUUUCAACACUUUAGUCACAGAGAUUUGUGCAACAGGAGGGGGAGCAUACAAAUUUGAGCAAGAUUUUGUUAAGGCUGUGAACCUUCAUCUUCAUAAGUUUGAUGAACUUGACUGUCUGCUAAAAGGAAUCCACUACAUCGACAGACACAACGAAAAAGAGUGUUACUAUUAUAAAAAUCCAGAAGAUCCAGACAAAUGCCAGAAAGUCCCAUUUGAUUUCAAAGACCCUUAUCCUUACUUGGUAGUUAAUAUAGGAUCAGGGGUCAGCAUCUUAAGUGUUCAUGGACCAAACAAUUACCAAAGGGUCAGUGGGACAAGUCUUGGAGGGGGUACAUUUCUGGGGUUAUGCUGUUUACUAACUGGGUGCCAAACAUUUGAGGAGGCAAUAGAACUUGCAUCCCAAGGGGACAAUAAGAAAGUGGACAAACUUGUGAAGGAUAUCUAUGGUGGAGAUUAUGAGAAAUUUAAGCUUACUGGAGACAUAGUUGCCAGCAGCUUUGGCCACAUGAAUCAAGCAGAGAAAAGGGAGAAAGCUAGCAAAGAGGAUCUAGCACGAGCAACUCUGACCACAUUGACCAAUAAUAUAGGGUCCAUAGCUAGAAUGUGUGCUCAAACUCAGGGAUUGGAGAGAGUUGUAUUUGUUGGCAACUUCUUGCGUGUAAACACAAUUUCCAUGAAACUUCUGGCCAAUGCCAUGGACUACUGGUCUAAUGGAGCUCUGAAAGCACUCUUUCUGGAACAUGAGGGCUACUUUGGUGCUAUGGGAUGUCUUAUGGAAUAUGUUGGACACAGUGGCUCUAUAAACUUUGAAAGAUUUCAACAAUUUGACCAAUAGAUGUUCACAAAUGAUUCCAUGCAAUACAGACACUGCUUUACUACAAGUUCCCAUUCUAUAGCCAUUUGAUUUAAGAUAUGUUCAAAUUAUACCGAAAACACAUUAUGGGGUUUUAUAUUCCCCUAAGACCAAAGAUUAAAGGCAGAUCAAUUUUGAUCUGUACAUGUAUGUCUGUCCACAUCUUUAAAAUUGUUCAUUACUGUAAAGUGUACAAAAUGCAGUCCAGGGUCCAAGUCUUAAUGCCAUUGUAUGGUAAUAUGUAUGGCAAGGUAAUAUGUAUGUAUUCUUUCAGUGAUAAGUGGGCAUUGUGUUUCAGAAAUGCAAUUUUUGAUUUCUUUUUUAUGAAAGAUUUUAUUUGUAGAAGUCAAAUUGUAAUUUUUUCACAGAGUAUUCAGAGUGUUUAAAUCUUUUUAUUGUUCAUCAUAUCAUUCCUGCUUUCUGUAUUAUGAAGGGAAAUAGUCUAAAUCACAUGUAGUGAUUCGAAAUGAAAACAAACCUGUAGACCUAAUAUGUUUUCAUUUAUUGCAUUGGAACAUGUUUAUCCAAAUUUUCAGUGUUCAGUAAAUUUAUUAUGGAACAGUCAUUAUUUGGACAGUUUUAGCUCUACUGUUAGUAAAACAAAAGAGCUCUUGCAAUAGUGAAGUGUCUGUUGUCAAUCCGUCUAACUGUCUGUUUGUCUGUCUGUCAAUUUCCUUCUACAGUUUUGGUCUGAUUCAAUUUUUGAUAAAUGUUGUCACCAUGUUAACCUAAAAAGAAUCAUCUGUAACAUUCUUUUAAAAUGCCAAAUCUCCUGAACAUUUAAUCUUAUUUGAAUAAAUACAAGUUUAGAAAAUAUCCAAUCACAAUAUUUAGACAAUGAUGAAUAUAAACCAGUAUAGCUACAGUCUCAUCAGAGACUUCAGAUUGAAUGAUUUAUAGGGAAAAUAAAUGAAAUCAGGGAUGUCAUGUUUCUGUGUUUUCCAUGGAUACAAGACAAAUUAUAAUUUGCCAGGGUUUACUACUAGUCAUUUAUGCCAUGUAAGUUGAGAGGAAUAAUUAAUAUAUGAAAAUGCUUUAUUUAAUAGUCAAUUUCAUUAGUAGUACUUUGGAUGCAAAAUUCAUUCACAGAAGUCUUUACAUAGUUAAGAUUUUAAAGAAAAAAAUAAAGUUAUCUUGGCCAUUACCAUAAUUAUUUCCAACUUUCUUGAUGUUUAAAUUUCAAUUGAUGUCUGGUUUGAUUUCAUAUUUGUCAAACAAAAUCCAUGAAAAAAAAGAUGGAGUGGGACAAUGUUUGUUCGUGGAUUAGAAUGUAUAACAACAAGUCUUGUAUCUGUAACUUUAUGUGUAAAAGUACUGGCAAAUCUUUGCUUUAUUUAGUACAUUAUUAAUGUGCUUGACAGACUUUAAGCUUUACUUACAAUCACUCCAUUUAUCCACUUAAAAUGCAUAAUAUUUAUUGUUUCAUACCAAUCAUUAUGUGGUAGAAUUGCAUAUAUUGUCUAGAGUAGCAGAAAUAGUGUUGAUUCGAAUGCGUUUAUUAUCAGGUUACUAUAAUUUCAUUACAGCAUGAGCACUUUUGGACAUGUUUUCUUAAAAAAAAAAUAUUGCUACCUGUUUUCGGUCAUUUUUUUUUUUUAAUUAAAAAUUAAAGGUUGGGAUACACAUAUUUUAUUUUCUGCUGUGUGAAUUUGAUAGAAAAACAUAAUUAUAUAAUGCUUUUUUUUUUUUUUUUGCAAAUGAAUGAUCAUUUUAUCAACUUUUACAUAUCUGGCAGUUAAGAUGUUGCAAUAACGGUUUCUUCAGGCAAAGUGGAAGGUUGACUGAUAUCUUUACUUUCAUGAUAAUUCAUUGUAUGUGACUGGCUGUCAAGUAUUUCAGAAAGCUGUAUUGUAAUAGUACACAUGACUUUCUUAUGUUUUUGUUACCAAGUAUCUGUAUUUCAUGUCAUGACGAGUAUUUCCUUCACAAAAUAUAUACCAUUGCAUGUUCAUUAUUUUUGCAUUUGACAGGUAGAACAUGUAAAUAUAGAGUUGUGAAGUUCAUUUACAUUUUAUGAUGUUUAUGUACAGUCAAUCAUCUGUCGCUUGUACUCAGAUGGACUGAUAAAGUCAAGUUAUCCAAGUUUUCGAUUUAUUGAAGCACAGACUUGAACUCUGUGGUUGACUCUGAAGACUUGUUUUAAAUUUACAUAUCCCUGCUUUUCAAUAUAAUGGUGUUUGGGAUAUCUAGCUUAAGAUGUAAAUUUUUGUGUGUUAUCUUUGUAUAUAUGAGAAUUAUUUGAUGCAAGUUGAACAUUCCAGGUUCACCACCCACACUGUGAAUCACACACGUUUGAUAAGAUCUCAGUCAGACAAUUAUGUUAUAUAGGGAACCAAAAAAAACCCUCUUUUCAUUUAAACAUUGAGUUUGAACAAGGUUGUAUAUUCAUUACUACUGAUGUUAACUGAGCUGUAUUUUAAUCAAUUAAUCAUUUGACAUUCUGCAAAGGUAUUUUUCAUGUCAUACUGUAUAAGCAGAAAUUUUAGCGAGGAUUCAAUUUUGGCAGUUUUAGCAGGGGUGUUGAGAUCACUAAAAUUAAAUAUGGCUAACAAUUUAUUCCACAUUAGAGGUUACCGUUAUCUUUCUUUGCACCAUAAAAUUGCUAAAAUACUUAUUACUUAAAAAUUCCACUUACGUGGUAUCAGCAAGCAAUAUUAUGUCAGAUUUUCUGUUUUCAAUAAUUUGAUACACAUAUGGGAGAAUAAUAUUAUCAUGAUAAAAAAUGAGCAAGUCCUUUAAUUUGUACUGAAAAUUCUUCAAAUUUCAUUUGAAAUUCUCUAAGGACAAUAUCUUAUAAUCAGAAAAAGUUUUCAGAAAAAGUACUUUGUACACCCAGAACUAAAAUGGUUUCCUUAUGUAAAGUGUAUUUUGUCUGUAUGUCAGUACUGUUUGACCUCACUUCUGUCUUUUAAAUAUUUUAAAACUGUAUCAUGAUCAAUAUUUAGUGAGGAAGCAUUCAACAAGAGCAUUAUGUACUGUUAUGUGUGAAUUUACGUUUACUUCUCUAUGGGAUGUCCUGUAUGAAGAAUUCCCUAAUUAAGGGGCAUAUGUUUUAAAUCAAAAAAUAUCCAGGAUUUGUGGAUAAAUGUUGAAUAUAACUUAUGUUUUACAUAUCUUUUAUCCAAUUUAUACUGUAUAUAGUGUAGAUUUGCAAAGCAUUAUAGGAAAAUGCAUAAUCAGAUUUACUGUAUAUAUUUAUUUUAUUUAAUGAACAUUGAUAUUUGUGUUAUUUCUGUCCCAACAGUUUCUUGUUUGAUGAUUUGUCUCUGACAACCCAGUAUAUAGUGUGAUUUUAAUUACAUGUAAAGGGCAGAAACCCAAAUACUGUCAAUUUUUACCUUGUAGAUAUUUAAUCUGAAUAAAAAUUCUUUGUUACA